CCUGGAUUUCAGGAAGUGGAUGUAGGCAUUGUUUUCCUACUCCAUAGUAAACGGGAGCUGUCAGGCUAGCAAAGUUUGACAAUUCUUUGAUGGUCGCUAAACGUUCGUGAAGAAGACAAAAAAUGGAGAUAGACUCAGUGUUCUACACGGACCGAACUGGACCAGUCAGCAACCCUUUGCUAGACCAGCUGCCGAGCUACCAGUCUCUGCUGUACCGCAGGAAGCCGUCACAUUCGAGCAGUACAAAGCGCAGGAGCAGCACCAGAAACAGGCUGGGCUCGACCAACAGUGGGAGAUGGGGGGACGACACCGUGGACAGAGCGGCGGAGAAACAGAAAAGCCAGACCGUUGAAAGAGCUGUCAGAGAACUGCCGAAGCCUAUGGAGAGAGACGCAGAGACAAGUGAGGAGCGUCUGGAGCAGGCCAGGGAGCUGAGCAGCUGGAGGCAGUGGAGACAGAGCGCCAGACGAACCCUGCGGAGGCUGGGGGAGGACGCCCGCGACUGGCUCCACUCCCUGGAGCUCUGGAGGGGGGACAUCCACCUCAUUGAGGGGAUGUUCGGUACAGGGAUCCUGUCCUACUUCUCCUUCCUGCGCUACCUGGUCCUGCUGAACUUCGUCAUCUUCCUCCUCAUGUUCAGCUUCGUCAUGCUGCCCAUCAUCAUCGCCCCCCACGCCUCAGGGAACGCCACCUAUAACCAGGCGGACGGCAGCGUGUGCAGUGUCUACCCCAGCAGCUCGCGUCGAGGCCUGGUGGUCUUUCACCAACACAUCACUGACUUACUCUCCGGAGGGGGUUUUCUGGAGCAGACCUACCUGUUCUAUGGCUACUACCAGGUGGAUGCCAUCUACUUCCCUGGGUUCAGAUACAACCUUCCUCUAGCCUACCUGCUGGUCACCAUAGCCUACCUCUUCCUCAGUCUCAUAUGGAUCGUGAAAAGAUCUGCCACGGGGUUCAAGCGUAACCUGGUGCAGGACGAGGACCGCUUCCAGAGCUUCUGCAACAAGAUCUUUGCCGGCUGGGACUUCUGCAUCACCAACGAGAACGCGGCCAGGCUGAAGCGGAGCAGCCUGCUGUACGAGCUCAAGACUGACCUGGAGGAGGAGCGGAUCAAGCAGAAGAUCGCCGACCGCACGCGAGGGCAGCGGUGCAGGAUCUACCUGAUCCGACUGAUCCUCAACCUGUUUGUGGUGGCUGUCCUGGCCGCCUGUUUCUACAGCAUCUACAGGGCCACCAUCUUCUCCCAGACAGUCCAGGUCACCAAGGUGAACUUCCUGCUGGACCUGAUCUACGAGUACCUUCCGUCCAUUGUCAUCACCAUGGCCAACUUCAUCACCCCCCUCCUCUUCUCCUUCAUCAUCAACUACGAGGACUACUCCCCUGCCUUUGAGAUCCGCUUCACCCUCAUGAGGUGUGUGUUCAUGCGUCUGGCCAGUAUUGGGGUGCUGCUGUUCUCUCUCUGGUCUCAGAUCACCACCUGUAAGGAGCAGCCCUGCGUGUGUGGCUACAACCACGUCCUCUACUCUUGCUGGGAGACACGCGUGGGCCAGGAAAUGUACAAGCUCACGAUCUUCGACUUCAUCAUUAUCGCCGCCGUGACUCUCUUCGUGGAGUUUCCCCGGAAGCUGAUGGUGAACUACUGUGACUGCGGCCUGGCCAAGUGGUGGGGCCAGCAGGAGUUCGCCAUCCCCCAGAAUGUGCUGGAGAUCGUCUAUGGCCAGACCAUCUGCUGGAUCGGCGCCUUCUACUGCCCCCUGCUGCCCGCCAUCUGCAUCAUCAAGUACUUCAUCAUCUUCUACAUCAAGAAGGUGUCCCUGGUGAACAACUGUCGUCCAGCCACCCGGCCAUUCAGGGCCUCCAGCUCCAACUUCUUCUUCCUGGCCGUGCUUCUGAUUGGCUUAGCCCUGGCCUGCGUCCCCGUCGCCGUCAGCAUCGCCCAGAUCAGCUGCUCGCAGGCGUGCGGUCCCUUCGUUAACUACACCACCUCCUGGGAGGCCCUCCCCCGCACCGUGGCCCAGCUGCGCCCCGAGGCUCGCUCCGUCCUCCUGGCUCUCUCCUCCGAGGCCUCCGCCGUGUCCCUCUUCGUCAUCACGUGCCUGGCCAUGUUUUAUGUUAUCGCGUUAGCCGGCGCCCACAAGAGAGUCAUUAACCAGUUGAGAGAGCAGCUGGAAAUGGAGGGUCGAGACAAGCGUUUCCUCAUCCAGAAGUUGUGUCAAGCCCAGAGGGCCCAGACCCGUUCUCAAUCCCGGCCUCGCGCCCAGUCCCACCCAGACAGGCACAGCCCCAACUACCAACUACCAUCCCCCACCUACCCCUACAACUCUAGUCUGUUCCUGGUCCAACCUCCCCCUGACUCUUCCACCCACGUAUAAACCACAGAAUAAGAGUGAGCGCUGUAGAGCUCUAAUAGAUUUGAAUGGAUGCUAAAAGUUCUGAAACCACAGAAUUAUUGUUUGAGAUCUUAAUAUUCGGAAAGGACUGCCUUUUAAUCCAAAGUAGAUUUGAGCAUGUUCAAUCUUUUAACUACAAUAUUGGGACCAAUGAUUUGAACAUGAAGCUCAAA